CGCGCGCGGGGCGGUGAGUGCGGCGCGUCGGGGAGCUCGGCGUGAGGGGCGGCGGGGAGGGAGACUCCGGUCCUGGGCCGAGCCUGGGCCUUGUCACGACUUUGUUUCAACUUUGUGAUGUCUUCCCCUGAAAUUGCUUCCCUUUCUUGGGGUCAGAUGAAGGUGAAAGGCUGCUCUACAACAUAUAAGGACUGCAAAGUAUGGCCGGGAGGAAGCCGGACGUGGGAUUGGCGAGAAACUGGGACUAAUCAUUCUCCAGGAGUGCAGCCCGCUGACCUUGAAGAAGUCGUCAAGAAGGGUGUUAAAACUGUGGUGAUUGGCCGUGGAAUGAAUGAGGCUUUGCAGGUUCCAGUAUCCACCGUGGACUAUCUGAAGAAGAACGGGAUUGAUGUGUUGGUCUUGCAAACGGAGAAGGCUGUGGCAGAGUACAACACCCUGGCUGCUCAGGGGGUCAGAGUGGGGGGAGUCUUCCACUCAACCUGCUGAAGCAUUACAGCUCAUCCCACCUCCCCUGACUGCAGCCAAAUCACGGACACACCUCUGCUGAAUCAAAUUACAGUCAACAGAGUGUGAACUCAGGUGCCAAGGCAUUUGUGCGCUGACGGUUUAUUAGUUCAGGAUUUAAACAAAUUGAGGGCUCACAAAAUGGAGCUGGGAAUGAAAUUAUUUAAUUACAGAAUAAUUUCUGUAUAUUCUUAAGAUUGGCCUAACCUUCCUCUGAAGGCUGUCCGUAGUCUGGUUACUUAACUUUUCACCUGUUGACUAAAUCAGAAGGUUAUGUUCUGAAUGCUUUUAUUAGAAAAUGUCCCAAAAUUACGUUAUUGGCUAUUGGAAUGCAGCCAUAAAUUAGCUGAUGAGCACAGUCAAGUGGUAGAUCUGAAGCAGUAAGGAAGCACUUUGCCACCACUGGAUAAAGUAGUUAAAAAUAAAACAAAAUUAAAAAGUAAACUCAGAAUAUGCAACUUUGCGUCCUGCUGGUGACUUCAGUCAGGAUAUUUGCUAAUUCGUGAACAUCACAUAAUGUAACACUUCUGAAUUUUUUAUUGAACCUGACAAAGAGGAAAACAUCUACAGGGUAUAGACAUAAAAUAUGGGCCCUAAAGAAUGUUCUUAUUAAUUGCCAGUUCUGAGGAUUGAGUUGUCCAAUACAUAUCUAUUCAGAAAUGCUUAAAAUCAUCUGAAAGAUGCGUUACAAAAUCAGAGUUUGCAGCAGCAUAAAAUGUUGAUCCUUAGGAAAUCAGUAGAAAUUGCUGCUAGCAAGGUGCUGCUGGCAAGCUGGGGAUGGUUGUGAGAAUUAUUGCUGGUUGUCAUAAUCUGAUGCUUUAAAUGCUGCACCAACAAGUAUAUUAUUACACUGAAAAUUUAAAAAGUUCUCUUGGUUGUUGUUCUUGGUGGGCUUCUAUUAAGUAGAUCUUUUUUCCCACCAGGGUCACUAUUUCUUGUUCUGUGCAUAUUGAUUUUGUAUGUGUUAAUGAAAGUACAGAGAUGAGGCUGUACAAGCCCUGAGGCAGUUGGUGCUACUCAGGCAGUAGCAGAGAGGCUUAGAUUGAUAUGAGAACACAAUGACUCCCCCCAAAUACUAUGUUCUUUUUCUGUUUAUUUGGUGUAGUAAUCAUUUAAAACCUUUUAUCUGAUAAAAAACAAUGUGGUGUAAAAGUAAAGGGAAAGUGAGUACUUGAAAGUUUUAUCAUGCAAUCUCCUAAUUACAGCAAUGUUUUCUGUUAGUGUAGCUAUAUUUGAGGCAAAAUCUUAUCUAACCCAGCAGGAACUGCCUUUCCAGCUGCAUCUGUGUUCUGUGAUGCAGCAGCUGGUAAAAUGCUCAUUGUAGCUACUGUGAUAUUUUUCUGAAUAACUUGCCUGGCGUGAAGUAGAAGGUGAACCACUGACCUAGAAGACUGUGGUCAUCCCAAGGGAAUGCCAGCAGAACGAGUUCCUACCAAAUCACAGAGUGUGAAGGCUUUUUGCAUUAAAUGUUGUUGUCUUACAGUGAAAA